AUGAGACCUACCACUUUGACGCGAGCAGUGAGGCUCAACUGCCACAAGCCUGUUAUUCUCAAUGGGAUUUCACGAAGAUGUUUGACCAUGCUCAGUCCUCCCAAAUUUGAGAACGAAAAGAUGUUGAAUUACGCCAAAGGUUCCCCGGAAAGAGCAGAGUUGACCAAGACCAUCCAAAAACUCAAGGGAGAAUUUCCUUUCGAAAUUCCCAUUACUAUCAAUGGAUCCGAGAUCGAAACGAAAGAGUCGCGGUCUCAACUGAAUCCUUCCAAGCAUAGCGAAAUUGUCGCAAUCUACGCAUCUGCCACCCCAGAACAAGUCAAUGCAUCCAUUGACGCAGCCCUCAAGGCCAAGCCUGCUUGGGAAGCCACUCCGUUCGAAGACCGAGCUGCCAUUUUCUUCCGCGCAUGCGAGCUGAUCACCGGAAAAUAUCGCUCAGAAAUUGUCGCGGCAACCAUGCUAGGCCAAGGAAAGAACAUUUGGCAAGCGGAGAUUGAUGCUCCCGCAGAGACAGCAGACUUCUUCCGUCAUUACAUCCAAGAAGCAUGGGCUUUGUAUUCCCAGCAACCCAGAGUCCACCUUCCUGGGAACUGGAACAAGAUGGAAUACCGUCCACUCGAAGGGUUCACAUACGCCAUCGCACCUUUCAAUUUUACUGCGCUUGGUGCUACUCUCAUUGGACCGGCUGCAUUGCUCGGAAAUGUCGUUAUCUGGAAGCCUUCAGACUCAGCUCUCCAUGCUAGCUGGCUACUCCACAAGAUCCUGAUCGAAGCUGGUCUUCCUAAGGAUGUUGUUCAGUUCCUACCUGGUGACGCCGAGCAGGUCACCAACACUAUCCUUAAGAGACCUGAGUUCGGGGCUCUGACAUUCAUUGGUGCAACUGCCACAUUCAAGGGAAUCCAGAAGAAGAUUGGCGAUGGUAUUGGUGCUGGCAUCUACAAUUCCUACCCGCGAGUGGUAGGCGAGACAGGUGGCAAGAACUGGGGCAUCGUUCAUUCCUCCGCAGACGUGAGAAGCGCUGCACUGAACACCAUUCGUGCAGCCUUUGAGUACCAGGGCCAGAAGUGCUCUGCAAAUUCGCGUGUGUAUGUCGCGGAGUCUGUCUGGCCGGAGUUCAGGAAGGUCCUGGCAGAGGAGACUGCGGCGCUCAAGGUUGGAGAUGUGGAAGACUACGGAAACUUCGUUAACCCGGUCAUCCACGAGAGAUCAUUUGACAAGCUCAACCACUUCAUUGAGACCGCGAAGAAGGACUCCGAGUUGCAGCUUAUCGUUGGCGGAAAGGCUUCCAAGGAGGAGGGCUAUUAUGUGCACCCGACAAUCUACCAGACUUCCAACCCCCGCCAUCAGAUUAUGUCCGAAGAGCUGUUCGGACCUAUUCUUGGAGUCUAUGUUUUCCCCGACGCCGAAUGGGAGCAGACACUGAAGUUGCUAGACACAACCUCUCGCUAUGCGUUGACGGGCAGUAUCUUCGCGAAGGAUCCAUACGUGAGCCGCCAGGCUUCCACCGUCUUGAAGCAUGCUGCCGGUAUGCUUUACCUUAACACCAAGUGCACUGGCUCGACUGUUGCACAGCAGCCAUUUGGUGGUAGCCGAGACUCAGGCACGAACGAUAAGACUGGCACCAUGGCACAUUUGCAGCGAUUUGUUAGCGCUCGCACAAUUAAGGAGGAGUUUGUUCCGCUUGAAAAGGUCACAUAUCCCUCAAAUGAGGUGUGA